CUGUUGAAUGUCAACAGGGAACCUGACUUCAGACGUGUGGUCCACAUAAACAAAAAGUCCUUAACUUUUUUUUGGCCAGAAUGUUUAAAAUGUAAUUGGACCAUCAAGAUUUUCAUAUGUAUCUCUUGUAAGUGGUUUACAGAAGUUGGUAGUUUUACAGGGAGAUUAACGGCAAUCAUCGUCAUUACAGAAACGCUGAUAAAGAAGACGACAGUUUAUUGAUUUCUUUAAAAAAACAAAGGUAAAGUAUGUAGUUUAUUUUUUUCUUUUUUACAAAAAUGUACAAAUGUAAUGUGCUGUUGUCCUCUUGUGCUCACUAGUGGUCAAGUCAUUGGUUACAUUUAUAAGACAAACCAUAUAAUUUUCCUUGUAGCAACGUUUGAAAAACCUGGCGUCCAUUUUAAAAACCACGGUAUAGACUUUCCAGUUCCAAAAGAAACUCCAUACAGAACCACACCUGCAGCUGUAAAAGCAAUUAUAAGUGUACACAUAAUUAACAAGCCCACGAGAGAUGACUGCAGGGGUGUGUUAACAAAUUAAAACACACUAUUAAGGAAAACAUUACGUUACUUUAAACACAUUUUCAUAAAUAUCCCCAGAAGCGUGUUCUGUUUAAAACUUUGUUUUCCAAACCGAGCUUGAACAGCCUUUAUGAUUUACGACAGGUAGCUAUUUAAGUACUUUCUGGGAAUUCAUUUUUGUAGAACUUGCGUCUCCUUUUGUUGCCCCAGGCCACGGCCUGCGUUAACAUUUGGAGCACCGGUGUAACAUUUGUCAUAGUUAUGACGCUGAUGAAGUGUCAUAAAAAGUCUUGCUGCUGAAUCAUACACAGAGAGACUUCACAUCAGGAACAGGCAGCUCGAAGAGGCUCGGUGACACAGCAGCAACUCAAUGAAGCAGCAAAGCCACGUCUGCCCUAAGUGGAGCCUUCCCUUCAAUUGUCAGUUCUGGUGCAGGUCUUUUGAGCGGUUAAUGCGCCGAGUGAAGAGGCAGAAAACCCAGGACAACACAGAUGAAAUCAAGAGAAGCAUCAGGAAAGCAUUAGCAGCUAUGACAGCGGUGGAUGAGCUAUCAGACAGUACAGAGGUAGUGGAGAUGGAGGAUGUGAACUCCAUUAAAUUCGAGGUGGACAGACAGACAUGGGACAGUCUGAGGAAGAUCAUUCACAGCAGCAGAAACAACAGUGGUGUAUUCAUCAACAAGCCACCACAUGGUUUUCAGUUUAUCCAGGAGGAUCAGGCCAGUCCAAACUCUCACCGCAUCUACUGCCUGGGGAUGCCCUAUAAUAGCAGGGAAAGUACAUUACUGUACAUAGAUGUUCCUAAAAGCAUCCAAAAAGAUGCCAUGUUGGUUUUAUCACCAAAACAGAUGCUGGGUCAGUUCAAGAUUCGCCCACAACACAGGACUAUCUCCAGGGAGGAGGAGCUGCUGCAGGAGAGAACACGUUUGGGUCUUUCUGGAAUCACCUCCUAUAACUACCACCAAGCCAGUGGUCUCUUCCUAUUUCAGGCCAAUAGCAGUCUGUACUACUGCCACGACAGUGGAAUGCACACUACAUCUCCAGUGAAUCCCACAGAGAUUAAGAGCCAGUGUACAGGCCCACGUAUGAACCCCCAGAUCUGCCCUGGAGACCCUGACUUUAUUGGCUUCAUCAAUAACAAUGACAUUUGGGUGAGCAGCGUAAAGACAGGAGAAGAGAGGAGACUGACCUUCUGCCACAAAGGAAUAAAAAAUCCUGAGGAAGACCCCAAAUCUGCAGGUGUUGCCACAUUUGUUACACAGGAAGAGUUUGACCGAUUCACUGGAUACUGGUGGUCGCCAUCUGCUCGAAAAGAGUCAGACGGUGGUAAGACUCUACAGAUUUUAUAUGAGGAGGUGGAUGAGUCAGAGGUUGACAUUGUCCAUGUCUCAUCUCCAGCUCUGGAGGAAUGUAAGACUGAUGUUUACAGAUAUCCACGAGCAGGCAGCAAGAAUCCAGAUAUUACUGUCAAAUUACUAGAAAUCAGGACAGAUCAUCUUGGCAAGAUUAUGAGCACACAGGAGAAAGAGCUGUCUGUUCCUUUUUCCAGGCUUUUUCCUGGUGUUGAAUACAUCACCAGAGCUGGAUGGACAAAAGAUGGAAAAUAUGCGUGGGUGUCUCUGAUGGACCGACGACAGCAGCGUCUCCAGUUUGUCCUUCUGCCUCCAGAGUUCUUUAUUCCUGCACAUCAAAAUAAAUACAGCAGGCGGAAAAGCCUGAAGGCCCUGGGGGUCAAAAUGCAACCUUUCAUCAUCUACCAAGAUACCAGUGACAUCUGGAUCAAUGUGCCUGACAUCUUCCACCCUUUCAUCCAAAUCUGUGGCGAUGAGAUCACCUUCAUCACUGUGAAUGAGUCUAGAACAGGAUUCUGUCACCUGUAUAGGAUCACAUCAGUGUUAAAGCAGGGCAACUACCACUGGAACGAAGGCUACACACAUCGUGAAGGUGACUUUUUGUGUCCAGUCAAAGAGGAGGUGGCAAUUACAAGUGGGGAGUGGGAGGUGCUGGCCAAACACAGAGCAAAGCACUCCUCUAGUCCUCAGAUUUGGGUGGACGAGGCAGCAGAGCUGGUUUAUUUCCAGGGAACCAAAGACUCUCCUCUGGAACAUCAUCUGUAUGUCGUGAGCUACAACUCUCCAGGAGAAAUCAUCAGACUGACCGAACGUGGCUUCUCUCACAGCUGCUCUGUGAGCCAGACGUUUGACAUGUUCGUCAGUCAUUACAGCAGUUUGACCUCCUCACCCCGUGUUCACGUCUUCAAGCUGAUUGGCUCAGACAGUGACCCACUGCACAAACAGCCACAGCUCUGGGCGAGUCUAACGGAGUCUCCAUGUUUGCCUUCUGAUUACACUCCUCCGGAGAUGUUCAGCUUCAGAGGGAAGUCAGGGUUUCAGCUGUACGGCAUGAUCUACAAACCACACAUCCUCGUUCCUGGCAGGAAACAUCCCACUGUCCUCUUUGCCUAUGGUGGGCCACAGGUGCAGUUAGUGAAUAAUUCUUUCAAAGGGACCAAAUAUCUGCACUUGAACACUCUGGCAUCUCUGGGCUACGCAGUGCUGGUUAUUGAUGGACGAGGUUCCUCUCACCGUGGACUUAGGUUUGAAGGAGCAGUGAAGGACAAAAUGGGUCUGGUGGAGCUCGAAGAUCAGGUGGAAGGUUUGCGUUAUGCAGCUGACAAGUAUAAGUUUGUGGAUCUGAGUCGAGUUGCCGUCCAUGGCUGGUCAUACGGAGGAUUCAUCUCACUCAUGGGACUCAUUCACAAACCUGACGUCUUUAAGGUCGCCAUUGCAGGAGCUCCAGUGUCUUUGUGGCAGGCCUACGAUACUGCGUACACCGAGCGAUAUUUAGACACCCCCCAGAAAAACCAUCAGGGAUACAAAGCUUGUUCUGCUGCUCUACAUGUGGACAAACUCCCAAAUGAACCCAACAGGCUGCUGAUUCUUCAUGGGUUUCUUGAUGAAAAUGUGCAUUUUUCCCACACGAACUUCCUGGUUUCUCAACUCAUCCGAGCAGGAAAACCAUACAAUCUGCAGGUUUAUCCCAAUGAGCGACACAGCAUUCGUAAUCCGGAGACUGUAGAACAUUAUGAGGUGACACUGCUGCAUUUCCUUCAGGAAAACCUGUAAUGGUUUUUUUGCUAUUACUUUUUUAUCUUCCAUUUGUAAUCCUUCUUUUUUCUUUGAAAAAAACGAAACCUAUAUCAUUUUUAUUUAGUUUUCUUCUACACCUAAUGCAGCUCGUUCCACAUAUUUUCGACCUUUAAAACUUAAACCUUAAACUAUCAGACUAAAGAAAACAACUUGUUUCGUGGCGAUAAAUCUUAGUUUUAUGGUUUUAUCCCCAGAGGGCGCUAUUUACCAAGAGGAAAGAAAAACCUUCAGAGAUUUCUCUGAUGAUAGACUCAGUGACCCGCAUUCUUAAAUAUUUAUACUCUUUGAUCAGAAGUAUUUUUUAAAUGUUACAGAUAUCGAACAAAAUAAAGUGUGUAGCUUUUUGCA